AUGCGGCGCAUGUUAUGCACGACGGCCAUUUUGUCGGCACGGAAUUCAGAUGUGAACGGCUCGUCAAUCAUGCUUGGCCCUCCGUCCCUUCGGCAGUGCCUUGACGUGCACGGUGAGAAGACGUGCGGUGCUCAACCGUCAAAGACCGACCCCAGGUCCGCAGGAGAAGUGAUAUUUUUGGCACCGCCCAAUGUCGUCACGGACACGGAGCCGUUGCAGCAGCGAGGAGGCCCCUGUUCUGUGCGCCUCUCUUUCUCUCCCUCUCCCUCCACAUCAUCAGCCUUUGGGGGGGUGUGUCCCAAGGUCGGCCGGGCCGGGCUUGUCUUUCUUUGAUGGUGCCGGCGCACAGGGCAACAAUGGGCCGCUGCGGCGGGCGGGAACGUGCGACUGGUGAGUCGCAUGCCAGUGGUCGUCCCGGCAAGGACACAGAGUGCAGGCAGGGAGCUACAGUGCCUCACGUAUCGAUCGAUCAAGUGCCGUGGCAUCGUCAUGUCGUUAAUCGGG